CAGCUGCAGUUGUUGAACAGCAGAGAGUAAACUGCAGUGAAACUCAAACGCGCGCGCGCGCCCCGGACCCGCUCGCGCGUCUGUUGAACGGGCGGCUCCUCGAGCACGAGCUGACCCUCGCAGAGUUCGCUGAUAUGGGAACUUUCCGCCUCAGAUGAUUAUCUGUAGUUUACAGACUCUGGAAAUUGGUUGAACUUCCUGGCGGACUCGAGUCUCAGCUUUGGGUUUUGACGGUCUCCGCACAGUCGACGCGGAAUCAUGGCAGUGAUUUCAGGGUUCAUCUUUCUGUGCAUGCUCCAAGCUGCAGCCCCUCAAGGUCUGAGCCCUCGCGGACCCAGACCGAUACCAGGGCGAGGUGACAGUCCACAACCGACUCCACCUCCACUCCAGCCUUUGCUACCAGGAGAUAAAGAUUGUGAGCCCGGGAUCAUUGACUGUCCCAUCAAGGUGUUUUUCACAAUCGACACAUCAGAGACCAUCGCCUUGCAGGAGUCCCCACCUGGGAUCCUGGUGGACAACGUGAAGGAGUUCACCAAGAUCUUUGCCGAGAGGCUGAUAGAUGAUGAAUACAAGGGCCAGGUCCUGAUCCGCUGGUCCAUAGGAGGCCUGAACUUCUCGCAGACGCAGUGGGUGUUCAGCCAGUUCACAACCAAGGAGAACUUCAUCAGGAAUCUCGGUCAGAUUGUAUACAAAGGCAAAGGCACCUUCACCGACUGCGCCCUCAAAAACAUGACCUACCAAAUGACCCACCACUACCCAGAGAUGGAGGCCGUCCUCUUUUCUGUGGUCAUCACCGAUGGGCAUGUGACAGGAAGUCCAUGUGGAGGGAUAAAGGCGAUGGCAGAGAAGGCCCGGGAGCGAGGGAUCCACAUUUUCUCAGUGGCAGCGUCCAGGAGCAUCGAUGAAAUAGGGAUGAGGGAGAUCGCAGGCUCUCCCUCUGAGCUGUACCGCGAUGACUACAUUGCUGUGGAGAUCGUUGACGGGCGACCAAAAAUAAAGACAGAUUCCAUCGAUCGAAUCAUAAAAGCCAUGAAAUAUCAAGCUUAUUUACAGUGUUAUAAGUUUAAAUGCUUUGAAACACCUGGGAACCCUGGACCAAAAGGGGCUCGCGGUUCAAAAGGUAUGAAAGGAGACAGAGGAUAUAUUGGGCCAAAAGGUGACAGGGGUAAAGAGGGUGAUCCUGGCAUUGAAGGUCCAAUCGGACGACCUGGUCCAAAGGGAGAGCCUGGUUGGAAAGGCGACAAGGGUGAAAUCGGAGCAAGUGGAGCAAAGGGUGUGGCAGGUGUUCCUGGCAUGAAUGGAACUGACGGUCAAAAGGGCAAAAUUGGCCGAAUUGGAGCUCCCGGUUGCAAAGGUGAUCCAGGUGACAGGGGACCAGAUGGCCACCAUGGAGACGUUGGUGACACAGGGCCACCUGGUGACAAGGGAGAAAAGGGUGACUCAGGUCUCCCUGGAAAGUCGGGUCCUCCUGGCCCUCUGGGUAAUGAAGGACCAAAGGGUGAACAAGGAUAUGCUGGAAAUCCAGGGCCACCCGGAAACCAGGGAUCCCCGGGUCUUCCUGGCUUAGCUGGACCAAAAGGCGAAAGGGGAAGGAGAGGAGACUUUGGAGCGAAGGGAGCACAAGGACCAGAUGGGCCAAAAGGAGAGAAAGGAGAACGUGGGCCACUGGGAGGCAGAGGUCGGCCCGGAGAAGAUGGACUCAAGGGCGCAAAGGGAGACCAAGGACUACCAGGACUGAGGGGUCAGCCAGGAGAACCAGGGGGCCCUGGAGGAAAUGGCACCAUGGGAAAUCCUGGAGAUCCUGGACCAAGGGGAGACUCUGGGAUCCCUGGACCAAAGGGUGACCAGGGAAGACCGGGAUUCAGCUAUCCUGGACCGAGAGGACCCACUGGAGACAGAGGUGAUCCAGGUAGAAGAGGGCCCAGGGGGGGCAGAGGUGAAUGUGGCGCUAAAGGAGAACCUGGAGCAAAGGGGCCCAUUGGAGUGCCUGGGGAACCAGGUCAGUCGGGUGAGCCAGGAGAGAGAGGACCCAGAGGUGACCCUGGAUCUGAUGGGGAUGUAGGACCAGUGGGCGAUCCUGGGCUCACUGACUGUGAUGUCAUGUCUUACAUCAGGGAGACGUGUGGUUGUUGUGACUGUGAGAGGCGCUGUGGAGCAAUGGACAUUGUGUUUGUAAUUGAUAGCUCAGAGAGUGUCGGGCUGACAAACUUUACCCUGGAGAAGGACUUUGUCAUUAACACCAUCAACAGGCUGGGAUCAAUGGCCGACGACCCUGCGUCACCCACCGGAACAAGGGUCGGAGUUGUACAAUUCAGUCACAACGGGACCUUUGAGGCCAUUCGUCUCGAUGACCCGAACAUAAACUCCAUGUCUGCCUUCAAAACGGCAGUGAAGAACCUGCAGUGGAUCGCUGGGGGCACCUUCACACCCUCAGCCCUAAAGUUCGCUUAUGACAACCUCAUCCGGGACAGCAAGAGAGCCCGAGCCCGAGUAUCUGUGGUGGUGAUCACAGACGGCCGCUUUGACCCGCGUGAUGAUGAGGAUCUGCUCAAUUACCUUUGCUACGAUGACAACGUGGUGGUGAACGCCAUUGGGGUUGGUGAUAUGUUUAAAAAAAAACAGGAUGAUGAAAUCCUGAAGUCGAUAGCGUGCGGCAAAGGACGUGUCGACGAGAUGAAGCGUUACGUUGACCUGUUGGCUGACGACUUCAUAAAAUCGAUGGAGACUGUCCUCUGUCCUGAGCCGGUGAUUGUAUGUCCUGAUCUCCCCUGUAAAAGUGAACCUGAUGUAGCGCCAUGUGUCCAGCGGCCGGUGGAUUUGGUAUUUCUACUAGAUGGUUCAGAGCGCCUCGGGUUGAACAACUUCCGGCACGUCCGGGAAUUUGUGCAGAAGGUGGCAGACAGACUGGGACUGGCCCGGAGCAGGACUGAUCGUAUGCGAGCCCGCUUGGCACUGAUAGAGUUCGGCAAGGAGAACGAGAACCACUUGGCCUUCCCUCUCACACACGACCCCGCUGUCAUCGCUGACGGUAUAGCUCGCUUACCUUAUCUGGAUUCUUCUUCCAGCGUGGGGCCUGCCAUCAUCCACACCAUCGACAACGUCUUGGGCAGAGGAAAUGCUCGCCAGACGAGACGCAAUGCAGAAGUUUCAUUUGUUUUCAUCACAGACGGUGUCACUGACAACAAAAACCUGGAGGAGGCGGUCAGUGCCAUGCGCGGGGCACAGGCCGUCUCCACAGUGAUAGCCACAGGAAGUGACGUUGACCAAGAAGUCCUAACGAAGCUGGCCAUGGGCGACCAGGACGCCAUCUUUAAAGUAAAUGACGCCUCUGGUCUGUCCCAAUACAGUUUGUUUGACCGUUUCAUCCAGUGGGUAUGUUGAAGAGACAACACAUGGACAUGAACAUCAUACUCGUGCUACUGCUGUUAAUCUAACAUUUUAAACAUGAGAUACUGGUUUACCAGAAUUCCACUAUGCACUGUGCAACUUGCAAAUGACAUCACAGCAUUGUGCUACAUUUGUCAGGAAAACUAUAUUCAUCUUCCAUAUUUUAUUACACAAAAAGUACAAGUCACUCAUUCUUUUUCCGCCACUAAGCUUUACUGAUUUCAGAUAAUAAACCUGCAGUUUGCUGGAAACUGCAAUGCUGUCUUCUCUGAAGUCACAACGAGUUUCUAGUGCAAAUAAAUCGUGAGAUUUUAAGAACUCACUGUAUUCAGCAUUACUGAAAAUUACCAUGGAAUUAGAACAAGAGAUUCACAAAAAUAAAACACUGACAUUUCAAACAAAACAUCUGAAGUCUUCUAGAGGACUAGAGUACUUGCAAUAGUUUUUGUGAAUUAUAUAGAAAAGCAUAAUCUUGUAUACAGUACUGGUGUAAAAUUAGUUAAGUCAAACAUUUGGUCUGUGGAGUAUGCGUGCAGUUACUGAGUAUCACCAGUUACAAGUUUCAGGGGUCUCCAAGUGGGAGGCAGAACAAUGGACGGCUGAAUUGGUUUGGACUGGCUGGGCUGAAUGACUACAUUCUUCUCAUUUCUCUGCAUGUCCACUGCAGACGCUCCCAUUGCCUCCU